AUGAGAUUGCUAGAUCUCUUGAAUUUAUCAUUGAUGCAGUUCUUCUCACCAGCAAAGGUGCAGAGCAUCCGCGAGAAUUUGGCAGCUUCAGAGGUUGCUAAAAAGGAUGAGCAAGCUCAUAAGGAGGAUGCAAAGCUGCAACACACUAUUCUUAAGGAACAGAAGGAGGCAGAUAUCAUUCAGCAGAGGAUGGAGCAGGAGGCAGCUCACCAGGCCACAAAACAGCAAAAGGAAAUGAAUAAGGCUGCAAGAGCUGCUCAAUGGCAGAUUGACAAGGAGCUUAGAGAUGAGAAAAAGGCUCAGGAGCAAAAAGAAAAGGAAGAAUGA